UAACAGCCAGAACCAGAUGGACUUGGGUGGCUCAGCGUUGACUAUCGUAUCCUUGCUGUCUUUUGUCGGACUGUGUCAGGGUCAGGAUGGGCUGUUUCCUCCUGGACCUGUGUAUGGAGCAGUGGGAGAAAAUGUUCUGUUCACCUCCACCAUCACUCCUACAUCAACACCACUCCUGACAGUGACCUGGUCUUUUAAUGGUCUUACUAAUAUCAUCAUCAGAUAUGACUCCUCUGGUAACAGUACAGGACCUGCCUACAGAGACAGAGUCAGUGUGAACAUUUACACUGGAGCCCUGGAACUCAGAGAUUUAACUCUGUAUGAUUCUGGAACUUACCAACUGGCUAUAACAACUGCUGAAGGAAUGGCACGACGAGACCAGACUGCUCUUAAUGUGUUUGAACGAGUCUCUAGUGUAACUGUAUCAGUCAAUGACACAGACCUGGUGGAGUUCAACAGCUCUGUCACUCUCACAUGCUCCGCCUCUGGCUCCUCCCUCUCAUUCCACUGGCUGAUUGACAACUCUGAGGUCACGGCCGUUGGACGUGUCCAGCUCAGUGACGGAAACCGAACUCUCACCAUUUCCAGUGUGAACAGAUCUGACAGGGGACCUUACACAUGUGAAGUGUUUAACCCUGUCAGUAAACAAACGAGUCAGUCGAUAACCCUCAGCAUUGACUAUGGCCCAGAUAAACCAGCAGUCACUGUGACCCCUCAGAACCCAGUCUACAGUUCAGGUUCUAACCUCACACUCACCUGCUCAGCUCAGUCCAGACCCAAUGCCCAGUUUCAGUGGGCGCUGAACGGAGCUCUGCUGGGCAGAGAGGGUUCAGAACUCAAACUGGACAACAUUCAGACCAGUCAGAGUGGCAGCUACACCUGCUGGGCCCAUAACAACAGAACCCUGAGAUACAGCACAUCUGGUCCCACUAUCAUCACUGUACUGGAGAGAAUAUCUGGAGUUUCCCUCACUGGUCCAGCACAACCCCUAAUAGAAGAUCAAAGUUCUGCUAAUUUAACCUGUGAGGGAACUGGCUCCAACAUCACCACAGAAUGGAUGAAGGAUGGUCAAUCUUUGUCUCCUAGCAACAGCAUCAUCUUCUCUGCUGAUCUGAGAUCAGUGUCCAUCAGUCCAGUGAGGAGAUCAGACAGUGGAGAAUACCAGUGUAGACUCAGUAACCCUAUCAGCUCUGACGCUGCAACCUACACAAUGACUGUCAACUAUGGACCAGAGAACGUAGCCAUCAGUGGACAGAAUAUGGUGGAGGUCGGGUCAAAGGUGACUCUGACGUGCUCUGCUGAAUCCACACCUCCUGCCUCCUUCAUCUGGAUGUUGAAUGGAACAGAAACAGGGGAAACUACAGCCUCAUAUUCCAUAGAGAAUUUUAACUCCACACACAGUGGGAAUUACACCUGCACAGCCUGGAACAGUGUCACCUCACUCAACACAACAGUUCACCAUCAUUUAACAGUUAAAGAUGAGGGGUCUCUCAGUGGAGGAGGAGGGGGUCUCUCUGGAGGAGCCAUUGCUGGAAUCAUUAUUGGGGUGAUAGUUGGAAUAGGAGGAGUCGCUGGUUUGGUGUUUUACUUUAGAAAAAGUAAAAACAGAUCAUCCGCAGCAAGCGGAAAAGAUAAACAGGGGAAUAACACAUCACACCAGCAGGACAAUGGAGACACGGAUGUGAACUAUGCUGAUGUCAGAGUCUUCCGGAAGGCCAAUGGGGAGCAGGUGCAGCUGGGGAAUGUGGGUGGAGAUAAUACGGUGUACUCUGAUGUCAGAGGCAAUGCUGCAGCCAAUCAGAGACCUCCGCAGGUCAACUGUGAGACCCAGUACUCUCAGAUUGCGAGACCUGGAGUCCAGACGUCACCUGACACCUACGCACAGGUGAAGAAGAAAUGAGUGUCAGCGUUGACUGGACUGGGUUUUGGUGGUGAGAACAGGACAGAAUGUCGUCAUACUUCCCUGUGUGUGGGAACCGAUUUUUUGUUUUUGUUUUGUUUUUAAAUUAAUUUAUUUUUUUAAACAGAGCAGAUCUUACAGAACUAUGUCUCAGAUAUGGACAUGACCCAAUGACCUAGUGGAACUUCUCUUGUUUUCAUCCUCUGAGUUCACACCAUCCUCACUGACUGUUCAGUUCAUACAGAUCCUCAUAUAGUUCCUAUAGUUCAUACAGAUCCUCUACCUGCAGUCCUACCCCCUCCCCCCGCCCUUUUCCUCAAGCUUUUACCUCCUGUCCUCACU